CAGAUUCAAGCCAAAACAGAGGAAGAUGGACGAUGAUCUGCUCCUAAUCUUUCGUGAUUGAGUGAGACCCCACCACAGUAAAUAAUUUCCCAACGUAUAUUCUCAUUUCUUUUCUCUGAUUGGCGAUCAGAUUCACAAAAGCACACCUCAACAAUUGGAGCCUAAAGGUCACUCAUUUACCGCAAGAAGACCAGAGAAAGAGAGGGAAUUUCUACGGCUCUACAGCGCGAGAGAACGAGGGUGUGUGUGCGAAGUGCGCCAACGAAAACCAAAAAACCUUUGGCGCUCUAACCAAAUUUCCUGCUCUUCUCUUCUCAAACUUUUUACUCAAUCUCUCUUUCUCUCUUCUUCGCUUCUCUCUCUUUCAGUAACUGAAUACCAGAAGAAGUGCAAUACGACGGUGACUAGAGGAAUUGGGAAGAAUGGGGCAACCAUCGGUGCCACCGUCACCGGGCCCACCGGCGCUCCCGUUUCAGGCCGGCUGCCAGGUUCGCUGCGCUGGAUGUCGUAUGAUCCUAACAGUGGCUCCGGGUUUGACGGAAUUCAUUUGUCCGAACUGUCAAUUGCCUCAGAUGCUGCCGCCGGAGUUGAUGCGGCCCCUUCACCACCCACACCAACACCAUCCACCGGCGCAGGCUCACGGCAUUGAUCCCACCAAGAUCCAGCUUCCUUGUGCACACUGCAAGGCCAUCCUCAACGUCCCCCACGGGCUUGCCAGGUUCGCUUGCCCGCAGUGUGGGGUAGACCUUGCUGUUGACGUCUCUAAGCUCAAGCAAUUCUUCCCUCCUCCCAUGCGUGGGCCUCCGGAAGAAAUCAAUGAGGUAGCCAUAGAUGUGGAGCGAGAGGAAGAUGAAGGUGGCACAAUUGGAGAAACAUUUACCGACUAUCGCCCUCCCAAAGUAUCCAUGGGUCCUCCCCAUCCAGAUCCUAUUGUGGAAACAUCUUCCUUAUCAGCAGUGCAACCACCUGAGCCCACAUACAAUCUAAAAAUCAAGGAUGAUUUGGAGGGUUCUAAGGCAUUAUCAUGCUUACAAAUUGAGACAAUAGUCUAUGCUUGUCAGAGACAGCUUCAGCACCUUCAGAAUGGUGCUAGGGCAGGAUUUUUUAUUGGAGAUGGUGCUGGUGUGGGUAAAGGCCGCACAAUUGCUGGGUUAAUAUGGGAAAAUUGGCACCAUGGAAGGAGAAAAGCAUUGUGGGUUUCUGUUGGCUCAGAUCUAAAGUUUGACGCACGAAGAGACUUGGAUGAUGUGGGUGCCACAUGCAUUGAAGUUCAUGCUUUGAAUAAGCUGCCUUACUCUAAGCUUGAUUCAAAGUCUGUUGGUGUGAGAGAGGGAGUUAUAUUUUUGACAUAUAGUAGCCUUAUAGCAUCAUCUGAGAAAGGUCGUUCUCGCUUGCAACAGCUUUUGCAAUGGUGUGGGUCAGAGUAUGAUGGUGUUUUGGUUUUUGAUGAGUGCCACAAAGCCAAAAAUUUGAUCCCUGAAGCUGGAGGACAAGCAACUCGCACAGGUGAAGCGGUUCUUGAGAUCCAGGCUCGACUUCCUGAAGCCCGUGUUAUUUAUUGCUCAGCAACUGGUGCAUCAGAACCACGUAAUAUGGGUUAUAUGGCCAGACUAGGACUCUGGGGAGCUGGAACAUGUUUUCCUGAAUUCCGUGAUUUUCUAGGUGCUCUUGAUAAAGGUGGUGUUGGAGCACUGGAGCUUGUUGCAAUGGACAUGAAAGCGAGGGGUAUGUAUUUAUGUCGAACUCUUAGCUACAAGGGGGCUGAAUUUGAAGUUGUUGAAGCUCCAUUAGAAGCUGAAAUGAUGGACAUGUAUAAAAAAGCAGCUGAAUUUUGGGCAGAAUUGCGGGUGGAACUACUGUCAGCAAGUGCUGUUCUACCUGAUGAUAAGCCUAACUCAAGUCAAUUGUGGCGAUUAUACUGGGCAAGUCAUCAGCGUUUCUUUAGACACAUGUGCAUGUCAGCUAAGGUGCCUGCAUCUGUGAGGCUGGCUAAGCAAGCCUUAAUGGAUGGCAAAUGUGUGGUAAUUGGGCUUCAAAGUACUGGAGAGGCACGGACAGAAGAAGCUGUUACAAAAUACGGUCUUGAACUUGAUGAUUUUGUUUCGGGUCCUCGUGAAUUGUUGUUGAAAUUUGUUGAAGAAAAUUAUCCUCUGCCUCCAAAACCCGAUGCACUUUCAGGGGAGGAAAGUGUCAAGGAGCUUCAAAGAAAGAGGCAUUCAGCAACUCCUGGUGUCUCAUAUAAAGGAAGAGUGAGAAAAGUUGCAAAGUGGAAAGCUGCAAGUGAUGGUGAAAGUGACGAAGAAUCUGAAACCGAGUCUGACCAGGAAUCCACAGAGUCUGAUGACGAGUUUCAGAUUUGUGAAAUUUGCAAUACUGAAGAGGAAAGGAAAAAGUUACUCCAAUGUUCCUGUUGUGGUCAACUGGUCCAUUCUUCAUGUUUGGUGCCACCUUUGACGGACUUAGUGCCAGAGGAUUGGUCAUGCCAUUCUUGCAAGGAAAAGACAGAUGAGUAUCUCCAAGCAAGACAUGUAUACUUAACAGAACUUCUCAAGAGAUAUGAAGGAGCUAUGGAGCGUAAGUCAAAAAUUUUGGACAUCAUUCGUUCCUUGAAUCUUCCAAACAAUCCUUUGGAUGAUAUUAUUGACCAGCUUGGAGGACCUGAUAAUGUUGCAGAAAUGACAGGCAGACGAGGCAUGCUUGUAAGAGCCUCUACUGGUAAAGGUGUUAUUUAUCAGGCACGGAACACAAAGGACGUGGCCUUGGAAAUGGUUAACAUGCAUGAGAAGAAACUAUUCAUGGAUGGUAAAAAGUUGGUUGCUAUAAUUUCUGAAGCUGGAUCUGCUGGUGUUUCUUUGCAAGCAGAUAGAAGGGCUUUAAAUCAGAAAAGAAGGGUCCAUCUAACUCUGGAACUUCCUUGGAGUGCUGACCGAGCAAUUCAACAGUUUGGACGAACUCAUCGUUCAAAUCAAGCUUCUGCACCAGAGUAUAGGCUCCUAUUUACCAAUCUUGGUGGUGAACGCCGGUUUGCAUCUAUUGUUGCAAAGAGAUUAGAAUCACUUGGGGCUUUAACACAAGGAGACCGAAGAGCAGGACCAUCAUUGAGUGCUUACAAUUAUGAUAGUGCUUAUGGAAAAAGGGCCCUGAUGAUGAUGUAUAGAGGAAUCAUGGAACAGGAUUCCCUACCAGUUGUACCUCCAGGAUGUUCAUCUGAAAAGCCAGAAACCAUUCAAGAUUUUAUCAUCAAGGCAAAAGCUGCUCUUGUGUCUGUUGGAAUAGUCAGGGACACAGUUCUUGGUAAUGGAAAGGAUUCUGGGAAAGUUUCCGGCCGUAUAGUUGAUUCAGACAUGCAUGAUGUUGGCCGUUUUCUCAAUCGUCUAUUGGGACUGCCUCCUGAGAUCCAAAAUAGGCUUUUUGAGUUAUUCGUCAGCCUUCUUGAUCUUCUAGUUCAGAAUGCACGCACUGAAGGUCAUUUUGAUUCAGGAAUUGUUGAUUUGAAAGCUAAUGUUAUUGAAUUAAAGGGGACCCCAAAGACUGUUCAUAUAGAUCAUAUGUCUGGGGCAUCCACUGUACUAUUUACCUUCACAUUGGAUCGCGGAAUCACAUGGGAGUCUGCAAGCACCUUGCUUGAUGAGAAGGAGAAGGAUGGGCUUGGUUCAAGCAAUAACGGUUUCUAUGAAUCUAAUAGGGAAUGGUUGGGAAGAAGGCAUUUCCUAUUAGCAUUUGAAGGUUCUGUUCCAGGAAUGUUUAAGAUAAUCCGGCCUGCUGUUGGGGAGGCAUUAAGGGAAAUGCCUUUAACAGAGCUACAAAGCAAGUACAGAAAAAUUUCAUCAUUAGAGAAGGCCUGUAAAGGUUGGCAAGAUGAAUAUGAAGUUUCCUCUAAACAGUGCAUGCAUGGCCCCAAAUGCAAGCUUGGAAACUUCUGUACAGUUGGAAGGAGACUACAGGAAGUAAAUGUAUUGGGUGGUCUAAUUGUUCCUGUUUGGGGGACUAUUGAGAAGGCCCUUUCUAAGCAGGUCCGCCAAAGCCAUAAACGACUUCGCAUUGUACGCAUAGAGACUACGACAGAUAACCAGCGAAUUGUUGGACUUUUUGUCCCUAAUGAUGCUGUUGAAACCGUGCUACAUGAUCUAGCAUGGGUUCAGGAUAUUGAUGAUUAAGAAUGGACGACAGGAUUUUUUGUCAUUUUGGGUGACAGCUUUUAUCAAACUUUUGUGGAAGGUCGGCACCACAAAUUUAUGUUUAUGUUAUAUCCUUUGACAGCCAACAAGCAGUUACAGAUCAAGAAAACCAGCUGAAGCCCCAUGUAGAGAGAAGGGAAAGAAGAAAAGUGGGUGUUUUUUGCGUUGAUAACGUUUUCAUUGAUAAUUGUUUUUUUAUUCCAUUUUGGCCUAUAUCUUGUAAAUUAUCAACAUUUGAUCGUCAGCAAGAGAAAUGUCAUAUAGAUGUACUAGUUGUGAUCCUGCUUGAACCGACCUGCACAUCCAGUAAAUUUUCACUGUAACAGAGCCUCCAUUGUAAUACAAAUUCAAGAUGUAAUACAACACAA